AAUUGCUUAUGUAAUCAUUGGUCUCCCCAACAAGAGUAUAAGCUCCAUGAAUGGAGGGAGAUCAACUACUUUGUUAAUCUUUAUAUUGCCAGUGCCUAGAAGAUGCCUGGCACAUAGUAGGCACUCAAUAAAUAUUUGUUGAAUAAAUAAAUAAAUAACACUAGGCUCUUUAUGUUACGUAGUAGGAAAAAACGAGUAUCGUAAUACGAAGAACAAUGCACACUAAAUCAGUUAACUCACACUUCCUCCUUAAACUUGGCUAUAAAAAGAAAACUCAAGUGAAACAAACUCUCUUCUUGAAGAGUGCCUUUCUUGUCCACAGAAGAUUAGACGCUGGAAGAAAAUGGCUCAGCACCACCUAUGGAUCUUGCUCCUUUGCCUGCAAACCUGGCCAGAAGCAACUGGAAGAGACACAGACAUCCUUGUGGUGAAUGGGAUUCUGGGAGAGUCAGUUACUUUCCCCAUAAAUAUCCAAGAAUCACAGCAAGUUAUCAACAUUGCUUGGACUUCCAAAACAUCUGUUGCUUUUGUAGAACCAGGAGACUCAGGAAUAGCACCUAGAGUUACUGUGACUCACAGAAAUUAUUAUGAGAGAUUAAAUGUCUCAGGUCAGAACUACAACCUGGUUAUCAGCAAUCUGAGGAGGGAAGAUGCAGGGUUCUACAAAGCAGACAUAAAUAUACGAUCCUCUCACUCCACCGUCACCAGGAACUAUAACCUUCAAGUCUACCGUCGGCUUGGGAAGCCAAAAAUUACACAAAGUUUAAUGACAUCUGUGAACAGCUCUUGUAAUGUCACACUGACCUGUUCUGUGGAGAAGGAAGAAAAGAAUGUGACAUACAGAUGGAGCCCCCUGGGAGAAGAGGGUAAUGUCCUUAGAAUCUUCCAGACCCCUGAGGACCAAGAGUUGACUUACACUUGUACAGCCUGGAACCCUGUCAGCAACAACUCUGACUCCAUUUCCACCCAGCAGCUCUGUGCAGAAGCUGCAAUGAGCCUCCAUACUCACCACGCUGAGCUGCUGUCUGUGCUGGCUGUGCCCUUUUUGCUUGCUCUCAUUCUAUCUCCAGUGCUUUUGUUCCAUUUGUACAAGAGAAGACAAGGUGCCUACUUGAAGACCUUCAAUAAGAGCUCUGAUAAGUCCUCAGCCACAGCCUCUGAUGAUGUUUCAAAGAAAAUAGUAUAUGAACAAAUCGUAAUAGCUCCAAGAGACACCCAGCCAGCAGAGACCAGAAUCUAUGAUGAAAUCUCCCAGCCUAAGGUGCCUCCCUCUAAAGAAGAGGCAGUGAACACGAUUUAUUCCAUAGUGCAGUGCUCUGAUAAGAUGGGGAAAACCAGCACAUGUGGCAGAAAACCUCUUGGGACUUCAAGCUAUGAAACUGUGAUCUAGGCUCCAGGCAGCAUUGUCUCUCCAGAAACUGAACGACAACCAACUCUACUGGCAGGUGUCCCAGAUCCAGAUCCUCUGCCCAGAUCUUACCAGAAGAUUGCAAAUCCCCACAUUCCAACAUGCAAGCAAAGCAGGAAACCCUCUGUGGCUGGGCAUAGCUUGUGCCUAGAUGGACAAAUGGGUGGGAACCUUUUCCAAGAUGGCUCUCUUCUGGAUGAAUGACAAGGCGGAUUCCCAAGCACAGUGCUUCCCAACCAUCUUCACUUCACAACAUUCGUAGAAAAUAAUCGUCUUUUUACAGCA